UAAAAACCCACUCCACUCUCUUACACACACUCCACACUCAAAUUGUGUUGUUGUCUUAACUGUAUUUUCUCUGUUGCCGGAAUUUCGGCGAUUUUUAGGGUUCCGGCGUAAAAUUAGGGUUCCGGUGAAGAAAAAUGAUUUCAGAUCUAGCAACAGAGAUCUUUAUUCCGGUGUGCGCCGUCAUCGGAAUUAUAUUUUCUCUUGUACAAUGGUUUCUUGUUUCUAAAGUUAAAGUUUCCACUGACCGACACGUCAACAAUGGCGGAAGUGCUAAAAAUGGCUUUAAUGAUUACUUGAUUGAAGAAGAAGAAGGUGUUAAUGACCAAAACGUCGUCGCUAAAUGUGCUGAAAUCCAAAACGCCAUUUCUGAAGGUGCAACAUCCUUUCUGUUUACGGAAUACCAGUAUGUGGGGGUGUUCAUGUGUGCAUUUGCUGUCCUCAUCUUCGUCUUUUUAGGAUCUGUGGAAGGCUUUAGUACAGAAAGCCAACCAUGCACUUACAGCCCUUUGAAGAAGUGCAAACCUGCAUUGGCUACAGCUCUUUUUAGCACCGUCUCUUUCUUGCUUGGUGCUAUCACUUCUGUCGUCUCUGGUUUCCUAGGAAUGAAGAUUGCUACUUAUGCAAAUGCAAGAACAACCUUAGAGGCUAGAAAAGGUGUUGGGAAGGCUUUCAUUAUUGCCUUCAGAUCUGGUGCUGUUAUGGGUUUCCUCCUUGCGGCCAAUGGUCUAUUGGUCCUUUACAUUGCCAUUAAUUUGCUCAAGCUGUAUUAUGGCGAUGAUUGGGAAGGUCUUUUUGAGGCUAUUACUGGUUAUGGUCUUGGUGGUUCUUCAAUGGCCCUUUUCGGUAGAGUUGGGGGAGGUAUCUAUACUAAGGCUGCUGAUGUAGGUGCUGAUCUUGUAGGAAAGGUUGAAAGGAACAUCCCAGAGGAUGAUCCAAGAAAUCCAGCUGUGAUUGCUGACAAUGUCGGUGACAAUGUUGGUGAUAUUGCUGGGAUGGGUUCUGAUCUUUUUGGUUCUUAUGCUGAAGCAUCAUGUGCUGCACUUGUUGUUGCCUCCAUAUCCUCCUUCGGCAUCAACCACGAGUUCACUGCCAUGUGUUAUCCGUUACUUAUCAGUUCCAUGGGGAUCAUAGUUUGCUUGGUCACAACUCUCUUUGCUACUGAUUUCUUUGAAAUUAAAGCGGUCAAAGAAAUUGAGCCAGCACUGAAGAAGCAACUCAUUAUUUCAACUGUUCUUAUGACCGUGGGAAUUGCAAUCAUCACUUGGAUUGCUCUCCCAUCCUCUUUCACCAUUUUCAAUUUUGGCACACAAAAGGUCGUCCACAAUUGGCAACUGUUCCUAUGUGUAUGUGUUGGUCUUUGGGCUGGACUCAUCAUUGGUUUUGUAACAGAGUACUACACCAGUAAUGCAUACAGUCCUGUGCAAGAUGUUGCUGAUUCCUGCCGGACAGGAGCUGCCACAAAUGUUAUUUUUGGUCUAGCCCUGGGUUACAAAUCUGUCAUCAUUCCCAUCUUUGCUAUAGCUGUCAGCAUCUUUGUCAGUUUCAGUUUUGCUGCCAUGUAUGGUGUUGCUGUUGCUGCCCUUGGAAUGCUGAGCACCAUUGCCACUGGUCUUGCCAUUGAUGCUUAUGGUCCAAUCAGUGACAAUGCUGGAGGUAUUGCUGAGAUGGCAGGGAUGAGCCACCGGAUUCGUGAGAGAACCGAUGCCCUUGAUGCAGCAGGGAACACAACUGCUGCCAUUGGGAAGGGAUUUGCUAUAGGAUCUGCAGCUCUGGUCUCCUUAGCUCUGUUUGGGGCCUUUGUCAGCCGUGCAGCUAUUUCAACCGUUGAUGUUUUGACUCCUAAAGUUUUCAUCGGUUUGAUUGUUGGUGCCAUGCUUCCUUACUGGUUCUCUGCCAUGACUAUGAAGAGUGUGGGUAGUGCUGCUCUUAAGAUGGUGGAGGAGGUCCGCAGACAGUUCAACACCAUCCCUGGUCUGAUGGAAGGAACUGCCAAGCCUGAUUAUGCCACUUGUGUCAAAAUCUCUACUGAUGCAUCUAUCAAGGAGAUGAUCCCACCUGGCGCAUUGGUCAUGCUCACCCCACUUAUUGUUGGAAUCUUCUUUGGUGUUGAGACCCUAUCUGGUGUUCUAGCCGGAUCCCUUGUUUCUGGAGUCCAGAUAGCAAUAUCUGCCUCCAACACUGGUGGUGCAUGGGACAAUGCCAAGAAGUACAUUGAGGCUGGUGCUUCAGAGCAUGCAAGGAGUCUUGGACCAAAGGGGUCUGAGCCACACAAGGCAGCAGUCAUUGGUGAUACCAUUGGUGACCCACUCAAGGACACCUCAGGCCCUUCAUUGAACAUUUUGAUCAAACUUAUGGCCGUUGAGUCUCUUGUUUUCGCUCCAUUCUUUGCAACUCAUGGUGGUCUGUUGUUCAAACUAUUUUAAGAGGAUGCCAAAUGUGUAUUCAACAGGAAGGUCAAUUUUCGAGCUUCUCUUCAGUCUUUAUGGGCGAAUGCAGAAUGCGCAUUAAGCAGACAUCCUGUUGUACUCAUUUCUAUCAUGGCUCAGUUUUUGCCCCAAUUUUUUGGGUUUUGUCUGUUAGUUUUGGUAGAGGUAAGGAUGAUUGUUGUCACUUAUGAUGAUUGUAGGAAUGAUUAUGCAUUUCGAGUUUAGAGGAAAGAAAAUUCUGCGGUUAGGGGUUACCUUUGUUGUAGGAAAGGUUGAUAGAUCAACCACCAAUGUUGUUAGAUCGGAAUGAGCAAAAUGUUGCCAUCUUGUUGAGGUUAUAAAUUUUGUUGGCUUCUUUGUAACAUCGAUGAUUUGAUGUAUGGUGUCUUAUCGGUUAUUUUGAA